UCCUACGAUGAGUCACUGCAGUGCAGAGGACUGAUACAAAAUUUCCUGCAUCCACUUGUGUUCCACCGUGAGCAAAGCCUGAAAGCCCAACCUGAGAGGAGUCUGUGCUAGCCAGCGGGGUUGUUGGGAUUUGCCUGCUGACCCCCAUCCUCACCAGAGAUGGAUCCCAGGACAUCCCUCUACCUCGUGCUCAACUUCAUUGCCUGGGGUGCCUGCUCCCAGGAAAACUGUCUCUGCGCCCGCGGCUUUUGUUACGAGGGCUGGGUGCAGUAUCAAGACUCCUGCUAUAAGGCUGUGAAGGAACCGAUGAAAUGGCCUGAAGCUGAGGUGGCGUGUCAAAGCUACGGCAAGAAUUCCCAUCUGGCCUCCAUCCACAGCGCAGAGGAAAAUGACUUCAUCUUUCACCUGAUGGGCAAGCCGCUGGAUUACACUAAAGGGCAGGCCUACUGGAUCGGCGCACAUGACACUUUCAAGGUAGCUCCUGCCUCACCCGUCUGGCACAACCC